GCAGUGAAGGAUGUUGUCAUUGGCAUUGAUCUCGGUACCACUUACUCGUGUGUGGGGGUGUACCGCCACGGAAGAGUUGAUAUUAUUCCGAAUGACCAAGGAAACCGCAUUACUCCUAGCUACGUGUCUUUUUCCGAUGAUGAAAGGAAAAUCGGGGAGGCUGCCAAGAACGACGCAGCCGAUAACCCGUCAAAUACCAUUUUCGACGUGAAGCGCCUCAUGGGGCGCCGUUUCAACGAGCCACAAGUGCAAUCCGACAUGAAACUGCUGCCUUAUGAGAUCAUUAAUAAAGAUGGAAAGCCCUACAUUAGAGUCAAUGUUCAGGGCCAACAGAAGGAGCUUGCUCCAGAGGAGGUGUCUGCCAUGGUGUUGGGCAAGAUGAAGCAAGUGGCCGAGAACUAUUUGGGAAGAGAAGUAAAAAAUGCGGUUGUUACUGUUCCUGCAUAUUUCAAUGAUGCACAACGCCAAGCAACAAAGGACGCAGGCGCAAUCGCGGGGCUUAAUGUAAUCCGUAUCCUCAAUGAGCCCACUGCGGCUGCUAUUGCAUAUGGAUUGGACAAGAAGGACGAGAAGACCAUUUUGGUCUACGAUCUUGGUGGUGGUACCUUCGAUGUCUCUGUCUUGGUCAUCGACAACGGCGUGUUCGAGGUCCACGCCACAGAAGGUGACACUCAUCUUGGUGGUGAGGACUUUGACCAGCGUGUGAUGGAUUAUUUCCUCAAGAUAAUUCAGAAGAAGUAUAAGACGGAUCUUAAGCAAAACAAGGGCGCCCUUCAGCAACUCAGAGGAGCAGUUGAACGGGCAAAGCGUGCCUUGUCGUCCUCUCACCAGGUCAACGUGGAAGUUGAGGGCCUCAUCGACGGCCAGGACUUUUCCGAGACUCUGACUCGUGCAAAAUUCGAGGAGCUCAAUGCCGAUUUGUUUCAGAAUACUCUCAAGCCCGUCAAAAAGGUGCUUGAAGACGCUGAUCUCAAAAAAUCCCAGAUUGACGAAAUUGUCCUGGUUGGAGGUUCGACGCGUAUCCCCAAGAUUCAGCAGCUCAUCAAGGACUUCUUUAACGGCAAAGAGCCCAACCGUGGCGUGAAUCCGGAUGAAGCUGUAGCCUAUGGGGCCGCUGUACAGGCUGGUAUUCUCUCCGGCGAGGGAACACAGGACAUGGUCCUCCUUGACGUUACCCCUCUUACUUUGGGCAUCGAGACUGCUGGCGGUGUCAUGGCUAAGGUCAUCAACAAGAACACAGUCAUACCCACCAAAAAGACGCAGACAUUCUCGACGUACUCUGACAACCAACCCGCGGUUCUUAUACAGGUUUACGAGGGUGAGCGCCCAAUGACUAAGAAUAACCACCUUCUUGGCAGAUUUGAGCUUACCGGAAUUCCCCCUGCUCCCCGGGGCGUUCCCCAGAUCGACGUUACCUUUGACGUUGACAGGAAUGGCAUUUUGAAUGUUAGUGCCGUCGAUAAGGGUACUGGCAAGAAGGAGCACAUCACCAUCACAAAUGACAAGGGCAGGUUAACACCAGAGGAGAUAGAGCGGAUGAUUCACGAUGCAGAGAAAUUUGCAGACGAGGACAGGAAAGUCAAGGAGAGAGUUGACGGCCGCAACGCUCUAGAGGGUUAUCUACACUCCAUGAAAUCUACUGUCGAAGACAAGGACAAGCUCGCCGAUAAGAUCGAAGACGACGACAAGAAGACGAUCAUGGACAAAAUUACCGAGGCCAACGAAUGGCUCGUUGCAAAUCCCGAGGCUGACGGUGAGGAACUCCGCGACAAGCUCAAGGAAGUGGAAGGCGUGUGCAACCCUAUCAUUUCAAAGGUGUAUGGUCAGACAGGUGGAGAAUCCGAUUCAGGGUAUUCAUCCUCCGAUGAUGACUAUAGCAGCCAUGAUGAGCUAUAA